CUGAAGUAGGUCAAUAUGGUGGUAGGCUAUAACACAGCUGGAACAGACUGCUGCAUGAAAGCUACUCUUGACAUCAUAAUGGAGACAAAUCACUGUGUUUUCCACGUGUUUUUCUGCAUUUCUCUGAUCUUGACACACUGGCAUAAGGGUUCAGCUUGUCAUACAGGCUCUCAGGUAGAAUGUGAGAAAGCCCCAUUUGUACCUGGUUACAACCUGGCGGGCGAAGGAUUUGAUGUUGUCAGGAUGCGCCGUAAAGGUGCCUUUUUGAUCAAUGUCAAGUCACACAUGGAUAAUGGUACUUGUACAGUCUGCAAGAACCGCUUUCAGGGAGGGCAGAUACAGAAACUUCCCUCAGCUGUGCUGGACUGGCGUCCCUUCAGCCGCUGCAGCAAACAGCUUUCUAGUGCUCUUCAUCAUUCUGUCGACUCCCUAAUGAAGAGUUCAACGUCACUCAUCAAUAACAACUGGGAAAUGGACCUUAGCCUGGAUGACAUAGGAAAGGCAAUUUUUGGAGGGAGCCGUUCAGAUAUUGCUAAAUUUGCCCAAUCUCAGAAUGCAAUGGAUAAGGCAACAUUUGCCCUCCAUGAGCUCAGCUGUACAUAUUACAGUUACAGAGUUGCAGACCACCCAGAGCUCAGCACUGAAUUUUCAAAACACCUCCAGCGACUUCCGACACAAUAUGACGAGGAAACAAAACCCCUGUACCGAAGAACUAUAGAUACUUACGGCACUCACUACACACGUCAAGUCCAUCUGGGAGGGCGAGUGAGGCGAGUCACGGCUUUUCGAACUUGUCUUGCAACCCUGAAGGGCUUCUCAGAGACCGAUAUCAAGAACUGCCUGAACAUAGAGUUAAAGAUUACUUUGGGGUUCCUUCCAGCUAAUGCCUCACUUUCCAACAAAUGCUCUCAAAUCCUUAAAGAUAACAUGAGCAUGGGAUUCUACCAGGGCUUCAUGACACACAAGAUAGAGGUGUUGGGAGGUGAGAAAUACUUUCCAGACCUAGUUUUAAACCAAAGCCCAGCUGAAGCAUACUCAAACUGGAUGAGGAGCUUGCAUGACAAUCCUGAUGUUAUAUCAUAUGCAAUUUUCCCUCUUUAUCAUCUGGUGGCUGAUCCUGAGGUUAGUGCCAAUCUAAAAAGAACAGUAACUGCGUAUAUUGAAGAGAACAUGCUUUCUGUAAAUCACAAAGAGAAUCAAGAAUGCUCACAAACACCAAAUCUGGACCACAACUGCUGUCCUAUGCGAGCCGGCCAUGGCAAGUUAGUAGUGAUGGUUCAGAGAGCAGCAGGCCUGAAAGCAGAUCUCUUCACACGUACUGAUGGUUACGUGAAAGUUUGGUACUACCUCAUGUAUGAGGAGACUGAGGUGGUUAUGGACAAUAAUGAUCCCGAAUGGAACAUCAGCUAUGAUUUUGGAUCAACUGAGUUUGGUCAUGAACUCAUAUUUGAGGUUUGGGACAGUGAUGUCAUUUAUAAUGACAUGGUGGGGAGAUGUGUGGUCAGCCCUGAACGUGGAACUCAUUCACACAGCUGUAAAUUAAAGAGAGGCAUCCUGUAUUUCACCUACAAUGCAUCUUGUGAUGCUCAUCUAACUGGACCCAGGUGUAGCAGAUAUUCACCAAAACCAUAA